GGAGGGGUGGUGGCGAUCGCUUUGUGCGCCACAGCUGCGUCGGUCCCGCGAGCGCUCCGUCGUUUCUCUCUGUUUGUUGAGGAAAAGCUAAAUGAGCGGUGUCCGACCCGGUUCCGUCGUCUCCUGUGUCCGUGGAAAGUUGAGUGGAAUAUAAGCGGAAACUUCCAGCUCACUCGGACCGACAACAAAGACGGACCCACAGUACGAUGAACCCCCACCCUGAGAGUCGCACUGAACGCCUGGAUUCGCCCGCGCUUUGACCGCAGCAGCUGGAACGCACCCCCGCCACCAUGCCCAUCCUCAAGCAGCUGGUGAACAACUCCUCCCAGUCCAAGCGGCGCUCGCGCGUGGACCUGACGGCGGAGAUGAUCAGCGCUCCUCUGGGGGACUUCCGCCACACCAUGCACGUGGGCCGAGGCGGCGACGCCUUCGGGGACACGUCCUUCCUCAGCACGCGCUCGGGCGAAGCCCCCCGGGAGGCGGAGGCCAAGCAGGGCUCUCCCGGCUCCAAGCCCGGCCUGCUGUCACGCACCUUCAGGAGCAGCAAGCGCUCGCACUCAGUCAAUCGCGGCGACAACAUGGCGGCGCCGCCCGCGGCCUCGUCCAGCAUCGUGAAAAACGCCAUAUCGCUGCCGUACCUGAACGACGAGGACCCGGCCAGAGGCAAACAUCUGCCCAAGAGCGCGUCCUCCAGCCCCAUGAAGAAGAUCGCAGAGACGGAGAGCCGGGCGCUCAACGGGGCCGCUGCCAUGGCAACGCUCGACGCCGAGCUCCACGAGCGCAGCUUCGGGGAGCUGACGGAUUUACCUCCGUCCGUGCCCAAAGGAGGCGGCAUGAAGCACGCCGAGUCCAUGAUGUCCUUCCACAUCGACCUGGGGCCGUCCAUGCUGGGAGACAUCCUGAGCGUGAUGGAGAAGAAGGGCUGCGAGGAGGACGACCUGGGCUUCGAGGAGGGCCGGGGCAGCGAGGGCCACGCGUCCCCGUCUCACAUCCCCCACAUCGACGACGACGACGCCGAGCUCCUGGCGCCCGCCCGGCCCCCCCGCGGCUCGGACCCCCACGCGCCGCAGCCCAGGGCCCGGAACGGGAGCGGCCCCCGCGACCCCGACAGCUGCGACCCGGACAGCUGCUCGGCGUCCAGCGCCGGCUCGGCCGCCGACGACCAGCCUCGGUACCGGCUGCACGACGGCGACGCGGACAGCGCCAAGUACAGCUCGCCCCGCGGCGACGAGGAGUUCACCUUCAUGGACGAGGACGAGGAGGACGAGAUCCGCGUCUAGGAGACGACGACGCGCUUUUAGCACCAGACGAGUCUUAAACACAAUGAAUCAACUAACGGAGAGCAAAAACGGCUCCAUUCACUUUGCUGCUCAGAUGUGUAGAUGAUUAGUUGCUGGGUUCGAGAAGUAGGAUCCAGCUGUGAAUCACAUGGACGUCACAUUCAGAGACGACAUGUGAGCUCAGUCACCACUACAGGAAGAGGGGAAGCGACGAGAAGUGAAACUCGGGUGGUUUCGUAAUCCCAGUGUGGGAGCGGAUCCAGGUCCAUCUGCCAAUAAACACUAAAUACAUGAACUAGUUUAGCGUUUCUCCUCAUUUAUGCACCAUUUCUACUGUGAGAUGGGUCUGUGGACGUUGGAAGUGAGUAGUUCAUGAUGGUCUUAUGUCAAGUUUGAAAUCAGACAGCGGUGGUAUUUAUUCAUUGAUUUCAGGAGGGAUGGAUCCGGUUUUACUUCACGUUUGGUCUUAAAAGCUCCGGUUUUGGGUCUUCUCUUCCUUCUCCUUCCGUGGAUUAGACACAUCCCAUAACUCAGGCUGUAUCAGUGGAAGCGGCGUGUGUGCGACCAGACAGGAGCUGCGGAGGUGUCGGUGCACGACGGGCCCGGUUUCUGUUUGUGCCAGUCCACUCGCUCGUCCUCCAGACGCGGGUCCAAUCGGGUCGGCUGCAGAGCAGUGCCUCUAGAUGGGCUCCGUGCGUCUCCUGAACUGCUCCCUCACGCGGUGAUAUUCCCUGUUUCUGCACAGUAGAAGAGAUGAUUAAAUCAAGCAAUCAUCCGGCCGCUCCCAGUCUGCUCAUUAAGUGGGCUGCAUUAUUGGCCCCCGACCAGCUGGAGCCGCUCCAGGAACCGCCGGGUCACAACAGACAGGUGGGCCGGCUUCACAAUGUGAGCCGGUUCUGUGUAAAUUAGCGGGAAGAGGCCAACUUUCCUAAGAUUAAUGUCUGACCUUUUUUUGUUUUGUGUUGCGAACUAAUUGCCAUGUUUGACAAAUGGGAGCUUUCUGACGCAGAGGCGCUGAGCCGGUCUGUAAAGGAGCUGGAGCAAGUCGCCAACUAUGUUCUAAUCACAUCAUUAUUAUAACAUUAUGAAAUGCUUUCGGUUCGUCUUUUGUUUCUUCAAUGUUUUGAUGGAAUUGGGCCAAACCUAAAGACGCCUUAUGUCUUUUAAUUAUUUUGUCUGUGGAAUGUUUGAUCAAUGAAGAAAAACACUCCUGUUGUCAUCAUCAAUCAAUAACGUGAACAUAAUUGUUGAUCGCAGCAGCGUGGGAGACAGAAAACUCAGCACAGACACGACCCAACUGGACCUGCGAGCAGUAAACCCACACGUCCUCACGUUGGAGGGUUGGACUGAACUCAGAGGCUCAGACUUUUCUUUCCUGUCCCAACUCUGAGGCGCUCCUCCUGACUGGGCCACAGUCAGCCAUGUUGUGAAACCUCUGUGACGGCUGUGGUUUGGCUCAGCUACGAACGGGCGGCUCCUCCUCUUCUGCAGCACAUUAAUAUAUUCACCUUUGUCACUUUCCUUUCUUUGAAAUAACAGGUAUAUUUUUCAGUAAAAGUGAAAGCUGGUAAUCUUCACUGUGGCUCAGCUCCUUCAUUUCGUCUCACAUGAGGCUGCUUUUAUUUUCACAUUCCAAAAUAGGCAGAAAACUUUUCGCUGAAAUCUGACCUUGAAGAAUUUUUAAGGGGGAGCUGCUGAAAGAGCUGCAGCCACACUUGAAGUCGAUCGUUCUACACAAAUACCUGAAAGACAAGCUAAAUCCUAGUUUAAGAGACUUCACAUAAUUGGAGCCUGUACCGGUCUGAUGUGGAAUUUAGCAGCUGUUAGAGAUCGACUGAUAAAACGCAGAUGCGCGUAAGCUCCGGUUGUGAUUCGUUACAAUCCCCACAAUUAAACAAAUCAAACCUA